AUGAUACCUCACGCAUUCCUUGCGCAUGCGCUGCCCGCGCAGUACGGCCAGCAGGAAGGGUAUGCGUCGCCAGGGGGCGGCUCCUACUCGCCGGGCGGUACCUACGCGCCGCCGCAAGCAGCGAUGCCGUACAUGGGCCCGCUGUACACCCCUUCCCAGCCGCAGCUGGCGUCUCCCCCCAUGUACGGGCCGCAACCGUACGCUGCCGUUCCGUUCGCUCAACCAGCCAUGUCACCAAUGGCCUCAUACGAUCCGGCAUACGCAAACUACAUCUACGGACUACAGUCGGCACAAAGGCAAUACCUCAUUCAAUCUCCGCCGAGGCGCAAGGGCAUGCUCAGCACGGACAACAUCCUCACAGUUCUCAUGGUGGGCGGCACGAUUUUCCUCGUCGUCUUCGCCAUGCUUCUCGUCGUCACCGUCGUUGUUCCUAGGCUUACAAGGAAGCAGCACUCGGGUCACAGGAGGAGGCACGUGUUCCCUGCAGAGUUCGAUUACCAGGCCGAUGCCGAGCAGCUCGUGGAUGCACCCCAGAUGAGCGCGGUGGCUAAAGACGAGCAGACAGAGUCCAGGCUCCAGGCUGCCGGUGCCGAACACGGUUCUAAGCACGGGCACAAGGACCCGCAGAAGGCGAGGCACGUCAAAAGACGCGCGAAAGCCUAGUGUUCGACGGGAGAACAUCGUCACUCACUCGCAGGGUACGCCGCCUAUCAGCCGGGAAAGCCCUCGGUGCUUUCGUCGGAAGAUGGGAAAAUGAACCGAACAAAAAAAGCAUGUCUCGCCCGCCAGCUGUAAUAAAAUGCAACGUUCGCC